AUGGUUCCACUAUACACAAAUUAUAUUCAGGUGGGCUUAAGUUGGACACAAGGUCUGAGAAGUACGACUGCAAUUAUUAAGAGCGAUACUAGUGUGGGUCUAAAAUAUACUAUCAAAUUUGCUUCAUCAUAUUCAAACAAUCUUAUUAAUUCUCAGGGCUUUGAAGAAAGUAUCAUAAUUUGGAGAAUGAGUCAAGCGGGAUAUUUAAUACAAUUCUCUUCAACUGCAGCUGUUUAUGAAGCUUCUGAGGCAUAUGGUGCCACACAUAAUAUUGUGUUUAUCACUAGGUCUUCAUCAAGCACUCGCAUAAAGAUGCUAUGUAAGCAUGGAGGGGAAUAUAGAGACAGCUAUACGGCCGCAACGAUUGCUUCGGACGCCGCUGUGAAUAAAGAUAAUCCUCUUCCCGGAUGGGAAAGAAAGCGAGUCAAGUAUAUAAAGAAGCAUGGCUGUCAAUGCUUCGUGUAUUUCUCUAAGAAGAAAGACGGAAAAGUAGCUAUGCACUCAUGCAAAGCACGGCAUAACCACACAAUUGAAGAGGAUCAAGUUCAUUAUAAUGUGUCAGCCUUGUUCAACUAUUUAAAGAAAUGUGAAUACACCAAUGUCAUCCGCCAAGGCAUUGAAAACAUCAAUCAGCAUUUCAGAAAAUCUUAUAAAGCAAAGGAAAUGUUUGGCUUCAUUACCACCUUGAAUGACCUGGAUUUCUAUGUCAGAUACACUGUUGAUAACACCGAUGACAAGAGAAUCAACAUGGUGCUCUUCAUCCACAAGAAUGCAAUUGAUGAAGGACAAAAUAUAUUUGAGACAUAUAAUAGACGCAAAAUAUAA